AGAAAAGCUCGGUGUAAAGUGAUUUACGACGAGCGAGCGUACACCAGAGUUGAACCCAGCGACUUUGCAAGCCUUACUAACGCUCAGCCUUUCGUCUGAUCCAUCAUCGCCAAUUUGUUUGCCUCGGCUAGUCCAAUGACGACCGAAAUAAUGUCGUUCUUCGAGAAGAACCCGCUGACUACACCUGUGGGUCAGCGGAUAGCAAGUGCUACCGACGCGUCUCUGGCCAGUGAGAAUUGGGCCUUAAAUAUGGAGAUCUGUGACUUGAUUAAUGAUACGGAGGACGGUCCUAAGGACGGAAUUAAAGCCAUCAGAAAACGGCUACAACAAAAUGCUGGGAAAAAUUAUACAGUCGUCAUGUAUACACUAACGGUUUUGGAAACUUGCGUCAAAAAUUGUGGCAAGAGAUUUCACGUUCUUGCGUGUAGCAAGGAUUUCGUUUCUGAGCUAGUCAAACUAAUUGGUCCUAAAAACGAUCCACCUACUGUUGUUCAAGAAAAAGUUCUGAGCUUGAUUCAGAGCUGGGCAGAUGCUUUCCGCCACCAGAGUGAAAUGUCUGGCGUUGUUUCCGUCUACAGUGAACUCCGACAGAAAGGGAUUGAGUUCCCCAUGACUGAUCUGGAUACCAUGGCUCCCAUAAUUACACCCCAGAGGACUGUAACUGACUCGGCUCCUCCAGUACCACGACCUGUGACUGCGUCCCCACCAAGGACCUCAUCCCCUCAGGCUAUGGCUGCUGUAGAGAUUGGCGCCGCGAUCCCGCAGAGCAUGACCCCUGAGCAGAUGGCCAAACUCCGCAGCGAGAUGGACAUUGUGAAAACCAACAUGAGCGUGCUGAGUUCCAUGCUAUCGGAGGUUGUGCCCGGAAAGGAGCACCCAAGCGACCUGACCCUAUUGCAGGAGUUGCAUGCCACCUGCAGAGCCAUGCAGAGGCGUCUGGUUGAUCUGGUCGGAAAACUGGCAAACGACCAGAUGACAGCCGAGCUGCUGCACAUCAAUGACGAGAUGAACAACCUCUUCCUUCGUUACUCCCGCUAUGAGAAGAACAGGGAUGUCACCAAGACAGGUGGCCAGCCUGCCGCUGCCGCUGGGGCAGAAGCUGCGGCUUCCUUGAUUGACCUCAGCGAAGAUGCAGGCCCUGCAAGCGCGGCCUCAUCACUCGCUGGCCUUGCGAUUGGCGGUGGUGCUUUGUCUCAGCUGAGUCAGAUCCCUUCAGUCCAAGCACAGCAAGGAGCUGAGAGCGCUGCUGAUUCAGAAUUUGAUAAGCUUGCUCAGGCUCGCAAUGUGACACUUGAUUCCAGUAAAAAGGGCGGAAGUACUUACCAAGACAAUCUUCAGCCAGAUCAAAGUAGCACCACGUUAGGGGAAAUGGCUCAAUCCAGAAGCCAAUUGCACAGGGAGAGUGAUUUUGAUGAAAUUGAGGCAUGGCUUGGUGAAAAGGAGACUGGAACGGAAGCUGUUGAAUCACUCACAAGCAGCGAAUUUGAGCGGUUCUUGGCCGAACGAGCGGCUGCAGCAGAGAACCUGCCACCUACCACCACCUCGAGCAGCACGAGAACCACGACUUCUCAAAGCAGAAACACCAGAGAACUAGACAAAGACGACAAGGAGAACUCCUUGUUUGCCUUGUAAAUGUUUUGCUUACUAAAAAGCAGCAGAACUAUGUCUCUUUUGUCCCACCCUCGCAGUUGACGUUUUAGCGCAAGAGCUUGCGUGCCUACUUCCAACAAUGGUAAUAUAUUCAUGUAAAUCCUGCUGCACUCUGCUGCUUCACACCCUGUGGCUCUUGGUACCAAAGAAAAGUUGCUUGCAACCAAGAGCCAAGUGCAACUUUGCUUUUUUCAAGCCUUCUAUGGUGUAAUUUUGAAACUAGAGCAUGCGUCACAAUUAAUUCCUUCCUGCGUGCACUCUAUGGCAAAGUAAAAAUGGCAUUUAUUGAAAAUCCUAAUUCUAUCUGAUCGUGAUGGCCAUUGCUUUGAUCAUUUACCACUUUCGUCUGUUGAUAAUCAAACAAAACCAACAUUUCCUAUCAGUUUACUUAAUUUGGUGUAACCGUAAGAUUUUCAUUGGUUGGUAUGUAGUUGUUAUUUAUUUCAUAACCUUAAUGUGAUAAUUUAUGUGUCCCUGCUGUACGCCAGAGUUAGAAUUUUGUUUUGUUCUCUUUUAACAACGGAAUUGUUAAUGAGGAAAUUUUUUCCAAAAUUGCUCAAUGCUUAGGAAAAUUUUAAAGUAUGGUCUGAAGCCAUUUGGUGCAAUGAAUUUUAAUGGUAGAAGUGAUGGCAUUUCUUUCUUUUGACCAAGUAUCUGUUUUUAAUCUUUUUUUUUUUGAAAAUGUCAACUUUUUCUUGCAGCAACUGAGUUAUUCCGGUUUACCAUGAACCUAUUACUGAUAUGCAUAAUUAGAUGAUAGUGUUUCCUGUGCAUGGUUUCAUUUCUCAAAGUAGAAAUCAAUUAUGAAUUUAAUGCGCGGACUUUAAAUGGCUGCAGCUUUCCAACUUGUGUAGAUGUGAAAGAUCAAUACCAAGAAAAUUAUAAGAAAUGUAUUAAUAAUGUAAUAAAAAUCCAUAGUAAUUCAUACAACAAA